UCACUUCUCAGAGAGCCACUGAUGGCCCUGCUGCAGCGUUAGCUAGCCCGGCCAUGUCUUCCAGCAUGGGGGACGAUAACGGAGUGAACGGGGACCUGAAUGCCAACUCCAGGCACCAGAGCACCGGCGACCAGCAGCUGGACAAGGCGGUGCUCCAGUGGCUGACCUGGGACAAGAACCUGCAGACCCGGGCCCAGGUGGAGUCUCUGGUGGCGGCGGGGCGUGUGGAGGAUUUGAGGGCGAGGCUCAGCAGCAGGAUGAGCUUCGGCACGGCGGGACUCAGAGCGCCGAUGGGGGCCGGAUUCAACCGGAUCAACGACCUCACCGUCAUCCAGUCCACACAGGGUUUAUAUUCCUACCUGUGCAAGUAUUUUGCAGACUACAGCAGCAGAGGGCUGGUUGUUGGUUUUGACACCAGAGGACAGGAGGAGAGCGGCUGCAGCAGUCAGAGGUUAGCGAAGCUGACGGCGGCCGUGAUGCUGAGCCGAGACGUUCCCGUUCAUCUUUUCUCCACAUUUGUGCCGACGCCGUACGUGCCGUACGCCGUGAAGAAGCUCGGUGCUGCAGCCGGCGUGAUGAUCACCGCCUCACACAAUCCUAAAGAGGACAACGGAUACAAGGUUUACUGGUGUAACGGUGCUCAGAUCUCCUCACCUCACGAUAAGGGGAUCCUGCAGAGUAUCCAGGAGCAGCUGGAGCCCUGGAGCGCCUCCUGCUGGGAGGAGGAGCUGGUGGAGAGCUGCUCCCUGAGCACCGACCCCCUGACCCAGAUCAACAGCUGCUACAUGGACGAGCUCACCUCCCUCUGCUUCCACAGGGAUCUGAACAGAAGCUGUCCUCUGAAGUUUGUCCACUCGUCGUUCCACGGUGUGGGACACGUCUUCGUCCAACAAGCCUUUAAAGCCUUUGGCUUCGCUCCACCGAUCCCUGUCCCCGAGCAGAAAGACCCCGACCCCAACUUCUCCUCCGUCCGCUGCCCGAACCCAGAGGAGGGCGAGUCGGUCCUGGAGCUUUCUCUUCUUCUGGCAGAGCAGGAAAACGCUCGCAUCGUUCUGGCGACGGAUCCUGACGCCGACCGAUUGGCUGUUGCAGAGAAGUCUGACAGGUGCGGUUGGAAGGUGUUCACAGGUAACGAGCUGGCGGCUCUGCUGGGUUGGUGGAUGUUCUUCAACUGGAAGGAGGCUCAUCCAGAUCCUGCAGACACUCGGAGCGUCUACAUGUUGGCCACCACAGUCUCCUCCAAGAUCCUGCAAGCCUUCGCUCGCAUCGAAGGUUUCCACUUCGAGGAAACUCUUCCCGGGUUUAAGUGGAUCGGGAACAGAAUACACGAACUCUCCAAAACCGGAAACAGCGUCUUAUUUGCCUUUGAGGAGUCCAUUGGUUUCCUCUGCGGCAGUUUGGUUCCUGAGAAAGAUGGCGUGAGCGCGGCGGUGGUGGUGGCUGAAAUGGCUGCUUAUCUCCACAACAACAACCUGAGUCUGAAUCAGCAGCUGCACAACAUCUACCAGACGUACGGCCAUCACCUGUCUAAAACCUCGUACGUCAUCUGUAAUGACCCGCUAACCAUUCAGAAGAUCUUCAGCCGGAUCAGAAACUUUGACGGCGAAGCCUCGUACCCGAAGACGUGCGGCGGCGUCCAGAUCGUCCACAUCAGAGACGUUACCACGGGAUACGACAGCAGCCAGCCCGACCUCAGAUCAGUACUUCCUGUGACGAGGAGCAGUCAAAUGAUCACCUUCACGCUCCAGAAUGGCGUCGUGGCAACACUGAGAACCAGCGGCACCGAACCCAAAAUCAAAUACUACACAGAGUACUGCGCCUCGCCGGGAAACAGCGAGCCGUCCAGUCUGGAGGAGGAGCUCAGGAAGAUCACCGCCGCCCUGCUGGAAGAGUUCCUGGAGCCGGAGAAGAACAACCUGAUUCGCCGCUGCGUCUAACUCCACCUCCUAUGUACCUGACCUGUUGAUGAUGUCACAUCCUGUCGUGUUUGUGGUCGAAUCAGUGUGGCGGCUGCUGCUGCUGUUUCUCUCUGUGGUGUUGAUGAAGUUCAGUUUGGACUUAAACAUGGACUGAUUCAUUAAUAAUCAAUAGAUAUAUAAAUAUUUAGUGUCCUUCAUACAUCAAAGAGCAUGAGGGGUAAACUCCUCAUUCUGAUUGGUUAUCAGGACAAAGGGAAGAUUAAAGUAUUGAUACAUGUAUUUUCAUAGAAAGAAAAUUAAAUAUAAACCAAAUAUUCGCUGUCAAAGACCUGAACUGUAAAGACUUGAAAUAAAUUAGUUUUUUAUGGAAGUUUAUUAAUGGCAAAACUUAAGUUUCUGUACGGAAGCUCGAUGCUGUCACCAUGACAACAACAUGUUGUAUUGUUUUUUUUAAAACUGGAAAAAAAUUGCAACAAGCUGAAUGAUUUUGUUUUAACUAAAAGUUGUUUCAACACGUCACUUUAUCUCAAAUGUUCUCAUUUUACAAAAAUCAGCGUUGUAAAAUUCUAAGUUAUGUUAUAACAAAUUUGUUUGCUGUCCAAACAUUUUUUUGCUUUAAUGAGAUUUUGCUUAAUGACAUUAUUUUGUCAUAUAACCAGAAAAAGUGAUGAAUAUUACAAAGAGAAAAAAAGUGAUUCAUUUGGUUUCUUAUUAUAGCAACAAAAAACAUCAUGUGGGGGAAAGUUUCAGAAGGGCUUUUUGGGGGAAAUAACAGUUAGAUGCUGAAACAUAUAUAAACCAAAAUGUGAAUGUUAGGAUUCAUAAAAAACACGACUGGGAAGAUGCAAAUUAAUAAACCUGUCCUUAUAGUUGCAGCUAUAAAGUUGCAGCUUUCGUAUUAUUCAGAUUUAGACUUUUGUUUUCUUGUCAGUUUUGUCGUUAAUGAACUUCCAAAUGUGGACUGAAGGGGGUCGGCUGUUUCUCUUCUGUCUUUGUAUUUUUUGACCUUUUUCCUUCACACAGAUUUAUCGUCGUUGUCUCAACGUUUUUGACCUCAUUUUACCUCUGAAUAAGCUGCCGAUCACUGACGGCAGUGGCUGGAUGUUUAUCUGUUCUGUUACAUUAGUUUUGCUCUGGUUAAAUGUUGGUUAUUUUGCACAACCCUGGUUCCAAAAAAGUUACACUACUGGUCAAAAGUUUUAGAACACACUAACUUUUCCAGAAUUUAAUUGAAAAUGAUGCAGUUUAAUGUCUCAGUGUACUCUGAAAUUAAUGCACAUUUGCAACAUUUAAAAUUCUUUAUUGAGCAUGAUAGUGUUUUGAAAGUAAAAAAAAAGAUUCAAAAUCACAUUUUAUGUUGGAUUAAAGGACUAAAAAAAGACACAAAAUGACAAAAAAAAGACACAAAAUGACAAAAAAGACACCAAAAGAUGCAAAAUGACUAAAGAAAGACACAAAAUGACCAAAAAAAGACACAAAAUGACUUACAAAGACAUGAAAAGAAUUCAAAAAUGGACAAAAUAGCCCAAGACUCCAUAGAGUUAAGUUGUUAACCCAUUUCUUGUUCCCUGAAAAAGGCCUACUUGUAUAAUUCUGAAAUGUACAUUAUUUUUCAGUUUUGGUAAAGCUUACUUUUUUUUAUUUACCUCUGGCAGUUCACCACUUACCUUUGUACCCUUUCAAGCUGUUCAUUUGACUUGAACUGCUUGAAUUUCAAUAAAAAAAAUGGAAAAAUUGGGGUGUUCUAAAACUUCUGACCGGUAGUGUAGUUGGGACGCCAUGUAAUCAAAACAGACUGCAUGAAAUUCAGAGUUUAUAUUUACACGAUUAUAACACUAAUACAUUAAAUAUAUUGCAUUUGUAAAACAGAAAAAAGUAUCACACUUGUUUUAUUUACAACAACAUCCCAACUAUUCUGUAUCCUGGGCUGUAACAGAUGAUGUAUAGAGGUCAAUGGGUUGUUUGUUUACAAAUAAAAUGUCUCGUUCAUAUUGUACAAACAAGAGCGGGAAGAUAUUUAUCUUUUUAACAGAAGGACAGAAGUUUAUAUUUCAGGUUGUUUUGAGAGAAGAAUUAAUGAAAUGCUGAAUGACUCUGAAACAGUUCAGUUGUUUGUUUUUUGAUGUUUCUCCAGCACAAAAGACGGAAUAAAUAACAACAAAAACAAACAUUGUGUAUCGGUGCAUCCCUGAUAUAUAAAAUCUAUUUAUGUGACGGUUGAUGUUGUAUUAAAUCUGUUCAAUCUGUUUGUUUCUUGGACAGAGUGAGACCUCUUCUCUGACAAUCCACCAAUAAAACAUAAUAAAACUGUAA